CAUCCUCAUGACCGAUGGUAACCCCGGCUCUACGAGCGGAUGUGUCUUGGGUGCGUUAUAAAGCCUUUAGUGAAUUGAACAGAUGCUCCUUUUCAAUGAGAGAAGCUUUACUUUAUCUUACUGAUGUAAGAAGGCCUACAGAAGACUGAAGAAAGAAAGUUUUUCUGCGUUUACAAGGAAUACAGUGAAUGCCCAAGACGAAAUCAUCAGGUGUGUCUGGAGAAAGGGGAAGAUUACAGAAGAAUUGUGCACUCCAUAACUCAUUAAACAGGAAAACCGAAGAAACGUGAUAAAGUAAUGCCCACCGGUAUUGAACACAGCAAUAUCUGAAGGAACAUAGGUUAAUUCAUCUGCAAGCUGGAGAGAGUGGGGUGACGGAGAAUCUGAGUGAAGAUGUCUGUCUCCACUCAGCUAGGCCUGCUGUUGUGGAAGAACUUCACUUACAGAAGACGACAAACACUCCAGCUUCUGAUUGAGAUAGUGUGGCCUCUUUUCAUCUUCUUCAUCUUGAUUGCUGUGAGAGUGUACUACCCUCCGUAUGAGCAACAUGAAUGUCACUUUCCCAACAAAGCCAUGCCCUCAGCAGGCACUCUGCCAUGGAUCCAGGGCAUUGUCUGCAAUGCCAACAAUCCCUGCUUCCGCCACCCUACCCCCGGAGAAGCUCCAGGAAUAGUUGGAAACUUCAAUGAUUCUAUAAUAUCACGACUUUUUUCCGAUGCCAAGAAGAUUCUACUGUACAGUCAAAAUGACAAAAGUCUGGAUGGGUUUAAGGAGUUAAUACGUGCGGUGAAAGCCCUGCAGACUAACACAUCAGGUUUCAAGCUUAAAGACUUCCUAAAUGAGAACGAGACCUUGUCUGCAUUCCUCAUUAAAAAUGCGUCCAUCCCAGAGACUGCAGUGCAGGACAUUCUGAAGGCAGAGGUGAACCUAGAAAAGGUGCUAAUGAAAGGUUUUGGGGUACACCUGAGAGACAUGUGCAACACCUCCAUCUUGGAAGACUUUGUGACUAUCCCGAACAUAAAGGCAGCCAGACUCACACAGGACAUCAUCUGCAGCUCGUCGAAAUCCUGGCUGAACCAGGCCGAAAAACACUUCAUGGCCAACCUGGACCUCUUUAAGCCUAUAAGGACAGAUGCAAAAUCUGAAAACCCCCAUGCCCAUCAGGUCGCCAAGGCGACAGACAAGCUUCUGGAAAACCUCGGUUCCCUGGCUGUAGAGCUGACUAGUAUGCGGAGCUGGAGUGACUUGCGGAAUGAGAUCCUCUUCCUGACCCACAAUGCAACUGGUUCACCCAGUCAGAUGUACCAGGCCGUGUCCCGAAUAGUGUGUGGCCACCCUGAAGGAGGCGGGCUUAAGAUCAAGUCCCUUAACUGGUACGAGGAUAACAAUUACAAAGCCCUGUUCGGCAACUACAACAGCAGCAACGACGAGCCUGUUUCACUCUAUGACAACACAACCACUCCCUACUGUAACAACCUUAUGAAGAACAUGGAGACCAGCCCCGUCUCCCGCAUGAUCUGGAGGGCUCUUAAGCCUCUUCUAAUGGGCAAGAUCCUGUACACUCCUCACACCCCUGCCACACAGAUCAUCAUCCAAGAGGUUAACAGGACGUUUCAGGAGUUGGGUGUCCUUAGAGAUCUAGGUGGAAUGUGGGAGGAGACCAGGCCCAAAGUCUGGAACUUCAUGGAGAACGGUGCGGAGAUGGCUCUUUUGCGGACAUUGCUUCAAGACAAUAUCACAGCCACUUUCUUCAGUGCUCAGCUAACAGGAACCCAGUGGAGUGUGCAGGAUGUUAUCAAUUUCCUGUCUAAGCAAUCAGAGGACACACGUCCACCUGGGACAGUGUUCACGUGGAGAGAUGUCUUCAAUGAGACAGACCAGGCCAUUAUGAGCAUAUCACGCUUCAUGGAGUGUGUAAACCUGGAUAAACUGGAACCAGUGAGCACAGAGGAAAAGUUAGUAAAUGAGUCUCUCAGUCUCCUGGCUAACAGGAAGUUCUGGGCUGGAAUUGUGUUCCCUGACAUUAACACAAGUAGUUCUGAGCUUCCGCCCCACGUCAGCUUCAAAAUCCGCAUGGACAUCGAUAAUGUGGAGCGCACCAACAAAAUUAAGGAUGCGUACUGGGACCCUGGCCCCAGAGCAGACCCAUUUGAGGACCUACGCUACGUUUGGGGCGGCUUCUCUUACCUCCAAGAUGUCAUAGAGCACAGCAUCAUUAGAGCCCUCACAGGCUCCAAAGAGAAGACGGGGGUCUACAUCCAGCAGAUGCCAUACCCAUGUUACGUCGACGACAUCUUCUUACGGGUGAUGAGCCGCUCCAUGCCUCUCUUCAUGACCCUUGCCUGGAUGUACUCCGUGGCCAUCAUCAUAAAGAGUGUGGUAUACGAGAAGGAGGCCCGCCUCAAGGAGACCAUGAGGAUUAUGGGAUUGGACAACGGUAUCCUGUGGUUCAGCUGGUUUAUCAGCAGCCUUAUCCCUCUCCUCAUGAGUGCUGGACUACUGGUGCUUCUUCUCAAGCUGGGGAACCUGCUGCCGCAUAGUGACCCCGGCGUGAUCUUCCUUUUCCUGGGCUCCUCCGCUGUGGUCACCAUCAUGCAGUGUUUCCUUAUCAGCACAGCGUUCUCGCGCGCUAACCUGGCUGCUGCAUGUGGAGGGAUCAUCUACUUCACCCUCUACCUGCCCUACGUGCUGUGUGUGGCUUGGGAGGACUAUGUGGGCCUGGCUGCCAAAGUCACCGCUAGCCUGCUGUCUCCGGUGGCGUUUGGCUUCGGGUGCGAGUACUUUGCCCUGUUUGAGGAGCAGGGAGUUGGAGUCCAGUGGAACAACCUCAUCUCUAGCCCCACGCAGGGCGACGACUACAGCCUCACCACUUCCAUCAUCCUCAUGUAUUUCGACGCCUUCAUCUACGGGCUCAUGACCUGGUACAUAGAGGCUGUGUUCCCUGGUCAGUACGGCAUUCCGAGACCGUGGUACUUCCCACUUACCAAGUCUUACUGGCUUGGAGAAGGAGAUCAAAAGCGGACACCUACGGUACAGGGAAGGAAGGCAAAUGCCGGAGCUGUGUGCAUUGAGGAAGAGCCCACACACCUAGAGCUUGGAGUGUUCAUUGAGAACCUGGUGAAGGUCUAUCGGAAUGGUAAAAAGCUGGCUGUGGAUGACCUGACGCUGGGCUUCUAUGAGGGUCAGAUCACCUCCUUCCUGGGUCACAAUGGAGCAGGGAAAACCACCACCAUGUCCAUUUUGACUGGCCUCUUUCCACCCACCUCUGGCACAGCCUAUAUCAUGGGCAAAGACAUCCGUUCAGAGCUCAGUGCCAUCCGACAGAGUCUGGGAGUCUGCCCUCAGCACAAUGUCCUCUUCAGCAUGCUGACGGUGGAAGAGCACGUCUGGUUCUAUGCACGACUCAAAGGCCUAUCUGAAGAGGAGGUGAAGGCUGAGAUGGAUCAGAUUCUGUUUGACACCGGACUGCCACACAAACGCAGGUCCAGGACAAGUCAGCUCUCCGGUGGCAUGCAGCGGAAGCUUUCAGUGGCCCUUGCCUUUGUUGGAGGGUCAAAGGUAGUGAUUCUGGACGAACCAACUGCUGGUGUGGACCCUUAUGCCCGUAGAGGCAUCUGGGACCUUCUGCUGAAAUACCGGGCAGGCCGAACCAUCAUCCUCUCCACUCACCACAUGGAUGAGGCAGACAUACUGGCCGACCGUAUUGCCAUCAUCUCCCAUGGCAAGCUGUGCUGUGUGGGCUCCUCUCUCUUCCUGAAGACUCAUCUGGGAACUGGAUACUACUUGACCCUGGUCAAAAAAGAACCAGAAGCUUCUCUUAGCUCUUGUAGGAACUCCAGUAGCACUGUGUCUUUUGCCAAAAAGGAUGAUGAUGGCUCAGAGAGUAGUUCGGAUGCUGGUCUGGGCAGUGACCAUGAGAGCGAUGCUGCCACAGCUACUGGCUCUUCAUGGGCCGACCCCCCUGUGGUUCCUGCAGACGUCUCUCUUAUCUCGGGUCUGAUCGUAAAACAUGUCCCGAAUGCACGCAUGGUGGAGGACCUGGGCCAUGAGAUCACCUACAUCCUGCCCUACGAAUCCGCCAAAGACGGUGCUUUUGUUGAACUCUUCCAUGACAUGGAUGACCGCCUUGCUGAUUUGGGCAUCUCUAGCUAUGGUGUUUCUGAUACUACACUUGAAGAGAUUUUCCUGAAAGUGGCAGAAGACAGUGGGGUUGACACUGAAAUUAUGUCAGAUGGCACGCUUCCAGUCCGCAGACGAAGACAACACGCUUUUGGAGCUGACCACCAGAGCUGCCUCAAACCCUUAACUGAGGAUGACAACUUGGACUGCAAUGAUUCUGAAACUGAUCCAGACCCCCGGGAGACAGAUUAUUUGAAUGGCUCUGAUGGUAAAGGCUCAUAUCAAGUCCAAGGCUGGAGCCUGACAAGACAGCAGUUCAUAGCCUUGCUGUGGAAAAGAUUCCUCUAUGCUCGCCGAUCCAGGAAAGGCUUCUUCGCACAGAUUGUUCUGCCUGCAGUCUUUGUGUGCAUUGCUCUGGUCUUUAGUCUUAUUGUUCCUCCCUUUGGAAAGUACCCCAGUCUAACUCUGCAUCCUUGGAUGUAUGAAGAUCAAGUCACCUUUUUCAGCAAUGAUGCACCUGAAGACACCAGUACACAGAAAUUACUUGCUGCUCUGCUAGAACCACCCGGCUUUGGAACACGAUGCAUGGAUGGCGAGCCAAUACCAGAUGCUCCAUGCACUAUGGGUGAUGAGGACUGGUCCACACCAGAGAUCUCAGAGAGUGUGCUUGAGGUCUUCAGGAAGGAAAACUGGACCAUAGAGAACCCGUCACCAGCAUGUGAGUGCACCUGUGAAGGCAAGAAGAGGAUGCUCCCAGAAUGCCCUGCCAGUGCGGGGGGGUUGCCGCCACCACAGAUCAUGAUCAGUGAGAGGGACACACUUCAAAACCUGACUGGAAGAAACAUCUCCGACUAUCUUGUGAAGACGUAUGCCCAGAUCAUUGGCAAAAGUUUAAAGAACAAGGUCUGGGUAAAUGAGUUCAGAUACGGGGGUUUCUCGUUGGGUGCUAGAAACUCUCAGGUGCUACCACCUGCUCAAGAGAUUGAUGAUGCUAUUUCUCGAGUGAGGGAAAUAUUCCACCUGAAAAAGAAUUCAGGGACUGCAGCUGAUCGCUUCCUUAACAGUCUCUCUGCAUUCAUCAAUGGCAUGGACACCAAAAAAAAUGUGAAAAUCUGGUUCAAUAACAAGGGUUGGCAUAGUAUUGGAGCUUUCCUCAGCGUAAUGAACAAUGGCAUUCUGCGUGCCAAUCUGCCUCCGGAGAAGGACCCAAGUAAAUAUGGCAUCACAGUCAUCAACCAUCCUCUGAACCUUACCAAAGAGCAGCUCUCCCAAGUGGCACUAGUGACAACCUCGGUGGAUGUGCUGGUGUCUAUCUGUGUGAUCUUCGCCAUGUCCUUCGUUCCUGCCAGCUUUGUGGUCUUCCUCAUCCAAGAACGCGUGAACAAGGCCAAGCACAUGCAGUUCAUCAGUGGCGUACAGCCUUAUCUCUACUGGGUGGCCAAUUUCAUAUGGGAUAUGUGCAAUUAUGUUGUGCCAGCAACCCUGGUCAUCAUCAUCUUCAUUUGCUUUCAACAAAGAGCAUAUGUUUCCGCUAGCAACCUGCCUGUCCUUGCCCUGUUGCUGCUUCUGUACGGGUGGUCCAUCACACCUCUGAUGUACCCAGCUUCAUUCCUGUUCAAGAUUCCCAGCACAGCUUAUGUGGUGCUCACCAGUGUCAAUAUUCUUAUUGGGAUUAAUGGCAGUGUGUCCACCUUUGUGCUUGAGCUAUUUGGGAACAACGACAUUGGUGGCAUCAAUGACAUCCUGAAAAAUCUACUUUUGAUUUUCCCUCACUUCUGCCUGGGCCGAGGUCUGAUCGAUAUGGUGAAGAACCAGGCUAUGGCUGAUGCUCUGGAGAGGUUUGGUGAGAACCGCUUUCGCUCUCCUCUUGAGUGGGAUAUGGUGGGUAAGAACCUCUUUGCCAUGGCGGUGGAGGGACUGGUCUUCUUCAUCAUCACCGUCCUCAUCCAGUACCGUUUCUUUAUCAAACCCAAGUCUCUGAGACCCAAGCUGAGCCCGAUCGGAGAGGAGGACGAGGAUGUUGCCAGGGAGAGGCAGAGGAUCGUCAGUGGAGCUGGACAAGGAGACAUCCUGGAACUCCGAGAGCUCACCAAGGUGUAUAAGAGGAAACAAAAGCCUGCUGUGGACAGGCUCUGCGUGGGUAUUCCCCCGGGAGAGUGUUUUGGUCUGCUUGGGGUAAAUGGUGCUGGAAAAACAAGCACAUUCAAAAUGCUGACCGGAGAUUCCAUCGUCACCAGUGGAGAAGCCUUCCUGGCUAGAAAGAGUAUACUCAGGGAAAUAGAUCAGGUGCAUCAGAACAUGGGCUACUGCCCACAGUUUGAUGCCAUCAAUGACCUGUUGACAGGCAGAGAGCAUCUGGAGUUCUACGCCAUUCUGCGUGGUGUUCCUGAGAAUGAAGUGUGUGAGGUGGCCGAGUGGGGGAUCCGGAAGUUAGGUCUCAUAAAGUACGCAGACAAAACAGCUGGCAGCUACAGCGGGGGCAACAUGCGCAAACUCUCUACGGCCAUGGCACUGAUAGGAGGCCCACCUGUGGUCUUUCUGGAUGAACCCACCACUGGGAUGGAUCCUAAGGCCCGCCGUGCCCUUUGGAACUGCAUCCACAGUGUCAUCAAGGAGGGUCGUUCCAUAGUGCUUACCUCCCACAGCAUGGAGGAGUGUGAGGCCCUGUGCACCAGGAUGGCCAUAAUGGUAAAUGGCAGAUUCCGUUGUCUGGGCAGCGUCCAGCAUUUAAAAAACAGGUUCGGCGACGGCUACACCAUCAUCCUGAGGGUGGCGGGGCCCGACCCCGAGCUGCAGCCCGUGAUGAAGUUCAUCGAGAGCGAGCUCCCGGGCAGCACACUGAAGGAGAGGCACAGGAACAUGCUGCAGUACCAGCUGCCAUCCUCGCUCUCCUCCCUUGCUCACAUCUUCAGGACCUUGGCCACGCACAAAGACCUCCUCAGGAUAGAGGACUACUCCGUUUCCCAGACUACGCUGGACCAGGUGUUUGUUAACUUUGCCAAGGAUCAAAGUGACGAUCACUCUGACCACUCCAUACGGCGAAAGGAAGUCCUGGUGGACGUCCCACUGCUCAGACUGGUGAAGAAAGAGGGGCGGCCCUCGGAGAGCGUAGUGUGACCCAAGGACGCUCUCACCCUGGGAGUUCUGGAGCCAGUGACUUUUCACCUAUUCCACCUCACUGACCUCUUCCAUGCGCUGCAGUCUGCUGAUUAACUUUUCCAGUCAGCUAUUCAAGGACUGCAUGAGCACACAGGUGCGGACACAGCUGCGUAGAAAAUCAAUGCGAGUCAACGCAAAAGGAUUGAGUCCACUGACUACGUACUGGAGCAUGGUCAAGGCAGGUUCCCCAUGAAAGUAUGAGAGUGAAACUUGAAUCACUGCCAUCAUUUUGUUCCUAUAUGAACUAGGCAAAGAAGCUGUGGCUUUGUGCAUUGUUUAAAUAGAGCUGGUGAAUCUUUAAAGCUCAAUGGGUAAUUUUGGUUUGGUAACUGUAAAUGACAGGAAAAUUCAGGGGCAGUGUCUAUUUAUUUGUACUAGAAAUGACAUGAAGAAGAAUUACGAUCAUUCUUUGCGUCUCUACAAGCUACAUCGCAGAAAAAUCUGUUAGAUUGAUUUUGUUUUAAAAUGUGCCUUUAUUUAUGAACAAACAAUUGUUAUUAAAGUCCAGUGGGGCAUUAUUUCCUAACAUAUUCUUCAAGAUAGUGCUUAUCUUAGAAUUCUAAUACUGCAAUUUGAGACAGAAGUAUUCAGUGUUAGCAAGAAACAUAAUGUACAGAAAAAUGUAAUACGCCUUUGACCUCAAGUAAACCAUCAACACCAAGCUAAUCUCUAGUAGUACAGUACAGAAUUGGUGAGUGGUGCAUAUAGGGGUCAGACAACUGUUCUAUUUGGGCUAUCCAACAGAAGCCAGUAUUAUACAUUUAGGAUCCUGUGCUUAAUUGGCAAUACACAGUCAUUUCAUUUAAUACACUGCCCAGUGUCCCAUCAGUAUUCUAAACUGUUUAACUGGUCUCAGAGGGAAGACGGCAGUCCUAGCACUUUACUGGUCGUGAACAUUGGAAAUUUACUGAUCUCUUUGCACUGGAUUUUCCACAGAACAAACAACAUUCCACUUUUUUUUAUUAUACCUCCAUCUUUUUCCUACAUAAAAUGGAAAGCAUUUCACUAUGGCAUAUUCCAUGUUUGAUACCUGUUUACAUUUCAGAUGCAUUGACAAUGGCUGUGGAAUAUCUGUUACUCACCCUGUCCAAUACUUACAAUAAAAUAUGACAAAUCUUCAA